UCUCCACCUCCACCUCGCCCCUUCCAAAGCUACGAGGCUACAAACCCCUACCACUCUCUCUUCCCGACCCUAUUUCAUUUCUAUCUACUUACUUACUGCUUCCUUCUCCCUUGUCCAUCCACAUUUCGACUUGACCACCUCCUUAACCCUCUUAAGAACAGUUUGCGAGCUACAGUCCAAUCGCCAUGAAGCACUAUCAAGAGCAUACUCUUCCAACAGCAUUUUCAAGCGACGUCUCCGACUCGGAGGACAUGUAUGGAGGGUCUGAUACAGAUGACAUCCAUCCCUCAUCAGACUCCGAGCUCGUCUCCCACCCCUCAGAUAACGAGGACCACCCCCAGUCGCUAUCGGUCCCCGCCUCGCCUUCCCGUUAUACCGGUCGUUCGGCCCAUGCUUUGGCCAGCGAUGGCGAGAGCGACGGCGAAGUCGAUCAUGAACGGAUGGGUCUCCCCCCCGCUUCUUUCUCCUCCCAAGACUUGAACCAGCACUCGCCCUCCAGACGACUUCAGGAAAGCAAGAUGCAGGACGAUUUCUUCCUGGUCGAACCAUCAGACCUUGAUCCUUUGAGCCGCUCCCAGAGCUCACUCUCGUACCACUCGGACCAUAGCCACCACGACGACCCUAUGCACUUCAUUUACCCGUCCAUGGUACUCUCACCGCCGAUAGAGACUCAUGUACCACGCGCGGACGAUGCCCAAGAGCCCGCAGCCGAUAAGGUUUCUGACUCUCAGGACAAAUCGCACCUAUCCUUAGCGCAUGACACCCUAGCCUCAGUCGAUUCGAGCAUGGAGACUUUAUCAGGAGCCCUGCAAUCCAAACCUACGCCGAAUAAGCCUGGAACGCAGGCUACAACAGAGGAGCACACCGAGUCGCAGCAGGAGCAGCAGGUUGAAAAUGAAUUCCAUCAAGACACUGCCGACGAAUCGACUCCAUUGUCCGGUACUGUGGAGCUGGUGCCUGUACACGCCCUUUCAGAGGACAUCCCUGCAAAGGAAUGCAGCACGCAAGAUGACCUGCCACCCGCCGGCGACAGUGGUCUUUUGUUACUUGACGCCAGAGCCCGAGAUGCUGAAUCACCUAAAACUGCUGCAAAAACCACCUAUCAGAGCACAGGCAGCCCCAAAAACAAAUCGCCAGCUGCUACCAGGACCCUUUUCGAGCGACCCGCUCAAGAACCCUCAGCGCACCUCACUGCUGUAUCCAACACUAUUGUGAGCAAUACACCAUGGGCUUAUCUCAAUGUCCUAGCCACCUGUGUUGGUCUCUUUCUGGUGCUACUUCUCUCAGGCUUCCUUGCAGCCAAAUAUCAUGUCUGGUCAGCCCGGCCUGCACACGUUGAGGUUUAUGAUAUCCAGUAUUCGGGGUAUACACGACUAGCAGUUGUUGAAUUGCGUGUGUACACAGCUCAUUUCAAACAGGAAACACGCUGGACUCGACCACCAGGAUUCCACAUCCGCGUCUUGGACGACAAGAAGCCCUGGAGCCUUGAAGAGGCACCUUCUCAGCAAACACUUCUAUUUGUAGAACCCAUGGUCACCUGUGUGCCGGGUGGAUAUUGUACGGUGUAUGUCCCUUCGCUUCAGGGACGUACUCGGAGUGGUCUGUCCCCUUGGCUUUGCUCUGACAAGUCCUAUUAUCUGCAUAUCUGGUUUGCUAAUGGCACGCGAGCCUUGGACACACCGCCAGAGAUCUUUACCAAUCGAGGCAAUGGAAAGCCGAAACCUCGCGAGUGCCUAACGGGAUCCGGGGGAUUCUUCGCAGAUAAGAAUGGGGCUAUGGACGGUGACGACGAAUACGACGACUAUGUUGCAUACUGGAAGGGACAGUUGCGGCAUAUGGCGGAUGUAGUCACAGACCAUUGUUCAAGCCUUUCCUCGUCCAUGAUGAGCUUGGGUUGGGGAAAUAUCCAAUUCGCCAUCUCUGAAGCCCAGGACAUAGUUCAGGUCGCCCUCAAGUACUCCAAGCAAUUCGGUCUCAUGGCUGCCGACACUUUGCUGCAAUGGAGAGAUCUGAUGCUCAGGACUGAAGACGAUGUGUUGGACCGUGCGCGCGUUGCCUUUAUACGGGCUCAAGGAAAUGCCAAGAAGAUAACCAGAGAGGCAUCGUCGAGGGUUCAGCAAUUGAUGGAUCAAUUUCAUGGCAAGCGUCAGUUUCGACCUUUCGACAGGGUUUCAGCAAAGAGUGUUCUUCGCAAGGCCGACCGGAUCCUCUACAGAACCGAGGAGAUGCUUGCGGAUGUGGAGGAGAGGUUCUAUUCGUCUGAGCGCGUGGAUAGAAUCGUGCGCAAGGCGGACAAGAUAGUACUGCAAGUCGAGACCAAGGUAGAGCAGAUGCUCGACUCUGAGCUUGCGCGCAAUGUCAAACGCAAGAUGAAGCGGAAGCUAAGCGAGUUUGCGUCGACGCCAACGGGCGGCAAGGUUGUCCGUGAGGUACACGCAGUCAAGAAGGACGCCAAACGUCUUUGGAGGGACGUGCAGAAACAGUUGCGUCGCAUGGGAUAAGCGGUGCAUUUGCCCUCGCAUUACACUGCAUGUUUGUUAUGUUCCUCUUUUUCGUAUUUUCGUA